AUGUAUCUAUCUACCUAUCUAUCUCAGUCUGUUCAUAUCUAUCUGACUCUCUUCAUAUCUAUCUAUGUAUCUAUCUCAGUCUGUUCAUAUCUAUCUCAUUCUAUUCAUGUCUAUCUAUCUAUCUAUCUAUCUAUCUCAUUCUGUUCCUAUCUAUCUAUUUAUCUAUCUAAUACUUAUCUAUCUAUCUAUCUAUCUAUCUAUCUAUCUAUCUAUCUAUCUAUCUAUCGCAUUUCCAUCAUACAUCUAUCUAUCUCAUCUAUCUAUUCAUCUAUCUAUCUAUCUAUCUCAUUCUAUCAUAUCAAUCAAUCUAUCUAUCUAUCUAUCUAUCUAUCUAUCUAUCUAUCUAUCUAUCUCAGUCUGAUAUAUAUCUAUCUAUCCAUCAUAUCAUCUAUCUAUCUAUCUAUCUAUCUAUCUCAUUCUGUUCAUAUCUAUCUCAUUCAUCUCUUAAUAUCUAUCUAUCUAUCCAUCUAUAAAUAUCUAUCGCAGUCUGUUCAUAUUUUAUCUAUCUAUCUAUCUAUCUAUCUCAUUCUGUUCUAUAUCCAUCUAUCUAUCUAUAAUAUCUAUCUAUCUAUCUAUCUAUCGCAGUCUGUUCAUAUCUAUCUAUCUAUCUAUCUAUCUAUCUAUCUAUCUCAUUCUGUUCAUAUCAAUCAAUCUAUCUAUCUAUCUAUCUAUCUAUCUCAUUCAUGUUCAUAUCUAUCUCUAAAUCUAUCUUAUCUAUAUAUCUAUCUAUCUAUCUAUCUAUCUAUUAUCUCAUUCUGUUCAUAUCUAUCUCAAUCUCUUAAUAUCUAUCUAUCUAUCUAUCUAUCUAUCUAUUCUGUUCAUAUCUAUCUAUCUAUCUAUCUAUUCAUCUAUCUAUCUCAUUCUGUUCAUAUAUUUCAAUCUAUCUAUCUAUCUAUUUCAUUCUGUUCAUAUCUAUCACUCAAUUAUCACAUUUUUAAAUAA